UGUUGGGGCCUGCUGGCUGAUGGCUGUUUGCUCGCUCACUGUUUUUAGACAGAAACUAAUGUAAUGCAAUGUGUCUCACUGAACCAAAACCUUUCAAUUCCUCUCAAUAUAGAUAACACCAUGUCCCCCGGCCCAGAGGGGAAUGGUUUUUGAACAUCCACUCUGAAGUGCCAGGUUCAGAAUGACUUGGCUUUGGUAUCUCAGGUCUCCACAGGACACUUUGAGGAAUGCAGCUGCUGAGCAUCGAUGCAAAAUGGGUUGUGGGAACUCCUCAGCAUCCAGCACAUCAGGAGGAGGGCCGGCAGAAGCUUCUAAAGAUGUGACGGAAGACCUCUCACCAGAUGAUGAGAAAAGAAGGAAUUAUGGUGGGGUUUAUGUAGGUCUUCCAGCAGAUUUGACCGCAGUUGCAUCAAGUCAGUCCAAGAACACACACAAAGAUUAACAGAAAAGAAUAAUCAGAUGUGACACAGAUGCUCUAUUGUGUACGCACAAGGCUGUCCUCUAAUAUGGUCCAUUUGGGGUGUUCUGGCCUCCGCUGGGUCGAGCCACCCAGAGUCUUCAGGCUCCUGGCCAUGAGGGCUCCCCAGGGGUCCGUAGUGUGUGGAGGAGCACUGUGCCAUGCAGGGAUGCCUCUGUGUGACGCCAUAUUUACACAAACUUGGGCAGUGGCAAGGGCAUCAAGACUCUGGAUGGGGCCAGACUAUCAGAGUCCCCCACUAGCCAAUCAUCUCCCUCUCAGGACAGGACCUGCUACAUGACUUUCUCCUUUUAUUUGAUGGACCAACAUAUUCAACCAGGAAUGAUCAGGUCUGCAAUAAUGGAAACAAAAACACUACACACCUUGCAUUGCUUCAGAAUACUGCUGGAUAUGGUUCAGAGUUCAAAAUGAGAUGUGAUGUACAGCAAAGUAAAUAGAUGCUAAGGUGGGUUUGAUAUGGAUUGGAAUAUAUCAGAGCAAAAUUAUUUUAUAUCCUUCAGCAGAAUGGCUUAUAGUUUAAUUUCUUAUUUAUGUUGAUGAUUAAGACUGCAUGUAACAAGUCAUGCACUUUUUUCAACUGUUUUGUAUCUUUAGAUAUUUCAAUUCAGGAAGUUUGCUGACAUGUUUUAAUGGGUUAGGGUUAUGUAUGAAUGAAUAUUUGAUUCUGUUCUUUCUUGGACAUUAAUUCCAUUCGUGGUGUCUUAAUGUUCUACCUGUUCUCUCUCACGCAAAGACAAUGUUAUUGGCACAUCACAGUGUGCACAAUUAAGGUGUUGUUUUCUAUUCUUUCCUUUUAAAUAUGCACCGUGACCUCCCUCUUCCUCUUUCUCUGUAUCACACACACACACACACACACACACACACACACACACACACACACACACGCACGCACGCACGCACACACACACACAGGGGAAAGGGAGAGAAAGAGAGUCAAACACAGGGCACCAUGUAACUGCCAGUGUUGUGCAGUGCUGGAGGAGGCAGCACUAUGGAUCUCUAUUGCCAUGUGUGUUUGGGCCUUUUGUCUGACAGCAUUGGUUCCCUCUCUGACUAUAGCCAUGCUACACAGAAGGAAUGUGUAAGUCGGCCAUCUUUUUUCCCCUCGAGCUUGUAGUGGUUCACUCAGAACGUACUAUGUAGCCAGCGCUGGAAACAGAGCAGGAAGCCUUGGAAUAUAAUAGAGGAUUUCUUUUCCAACAAUCUGUCACAUAUAUCCACACCAUGGAUGUGAUAGUAGAACAUACGAGGGUCUAUGUUGACAUGGGAAUUUGUAUAUGAAACUUUGUUUUUGGCAAGCAAGUCCACAAUGGACAUGUAAAAUAAAUCUAACAUGACAACAGCAAAAACAAAUGAAGCACCAGCAUUUUUGUUUUGACCAUGAGUAAACUUGGUGGCAUUAUGUUUACAGGUUUCACAUUCUGUUCAGGCAUUUCAUAAAGCUCUUUUGCUCAUCGUUGAGAAACUCAGUCACUGACAUUUUCCUUUGGGGAAUAAAUAGAUAAAUCUAUCCUCUGAUUAUACAUUAUAGAACUCAAAUAGAGUGUAGAAACAAAUACAAGUCAGUACAGAUUGCAUAACAAAUAUGUUUAUGAAUCAUAGACGAAAUGUUAUUGUAACAUUUAAUCUUUGCAAGAAGUAUGUGUGUGUUUAGCAUGGUCCAACUAUGAUUUUUAUUCUUAAUGCAGAGUGCAUAUUCAUUUUCAUACUACAUCUUUCCAGUUAGGAGACAAGCCUAGCCACAAAUAAAGCAGUGAUUGUUUCAUUUGUAGGUUAGGAUGACAAUGAAAUGUGACUAGCAUAUGUAUGUGUAUAUGUGAGGGCUCGUAUCAUGAUAUUUUCAAAAAUGUAUAUUAGGCCCAGGCAGAUGUUAUGUGGAAGAUGUAUUCUUUGAGGACAUGUAUAAACUUAUUAUAUAAUAUUAUUGAAAUAUUGAGGUUGUACAUAAUAAAAACUGUUCUAAAUGGGCUUACGCUCUUUUGGAAUUCAUUAGACUGCUACUGGGUAUAUUUAUGAAAGUCUUUUAUACUGUC